AUGGAAGUGACAGAAGUUGAGGGGAAAAAGAAUGUCCAAGAUACUGCUAGUGCAGAUGAUAAGAGGGAUAUGUUCAUGCAGAUAAUACAAAUGACUUUUACGUCUCACGAGGCUGCGUAUGAUUUCUACAACAGCUAUGCUAGAGAUAAUGGUUUCAGCAUUAGAAAGAAUAGGGUCAGACAAGGAAAACGUGACGACAGGUUGCUAACCGAGGAAGGACACAGCCAUAGGCUCAGACCCGAGACACGCUGCCACUGCGAAGCGCACCUGACCGUAAAGCUUGACCAAAAGCGUGGGGUUUGGUAUGUUGAUAGUUUUGAGGACAAGCAUAGCCAUUUGGCAGGACCGGACGAGGUACCUUUUCUUUGGUCUCACAGAAAAAUCAAAGAGUACCAGAGAGCUGAGAUACUGUCCAUGGGAGCUGCAGGGAUUAGAAUUCACGACAUGAUGGAUUCCUUCAUCAGCAAACAUGUGUGGUAUGGCGGUGUUGGUUUUACCAGGCGUGAAAUAUACAACCUUUGCGCCAGGGAGAAGAGGAAGCUGCUUUCAAAAGGUGAUGCUGCCACAGUCAUAGGCAUCAUGGUCAGUAGGAAACAGAGGGAUCCUAGCUUCUUUUUCGAGUACAAGCUAGACAAGGAAGGACAUAUGAAUAGGAUGUUCUAG